AUGAAGCCUUUUGCCAUAUGGAAAGAUGAUAAAAUACAGGAAUAUAACAAGAGAUUUAUGGAUCGUCAUCCGAUUGAUAAAUUGAGCGCUGCAAUGUGGAGGAAAGCGGAGAAGGAAAAAGACGACAAAAGCAAGAUGCAAUUCAUUGUAGACCAGAUUGUGCGGUUUAAGGACCAAGAGCUCUACGAUAACGAAUACCAGCCGGAACUGACUGAAAAGGGGUAUGAAACUGUUGGGGAGUUCGAGGAGUGGAAGAAGAAGAAGUAUAUUAAUACUUUCGCUGUGGUCGAAACUGAAAUUGAAUAUGAGAAGCCAGACAAUGUCGGGAAGGAAUUGCUUCCCGGAGCCAGCAUUGAGGAUAAGAAGAAAGCUCGACGUUAG